GGACAUUACUAAACCAGAAAAGAUGCCAAUCUCAUUUUCUGUUAGGGACCGCACAUUCACAGGAACCGAUGUUGCUCUUUGCAUGAUAAUCAAACUCCAAAUCUAACAACAACACUGUUUUAAGGGUCUCCGUCAAUGAAAGUAGUGAAGCCAACAUUCUCUACAUGUCGGCAUUCUUGAAGAUGGGACUAUCAGAGUCAAUGCUGAAACCAUUGGAAGCAUAUCUCAAGGGUAAUCUCGGUGCUGGUGUACCUGUGAAAGGAUACAUCGAUUUGGAUACUACAUUUGGUAAAGGAGAAAACGCCAAGAUGUUGAAGGUGAGGUAUCUGGUUAUUGAUUCAUGGUCUGUUUACAAUGUUGUUAUUGGCAUGCCUGUUGUUGCUGAGUUGGGAGCAGUGAUCUCAAUUGUACACCUCAAAAUGAAAUAUCCUAUUGGAGAUGGAAUGGUUGGGGUUGUCAUGGCGGAUCUGGACAUGGCCAAAAAGUGUCACGAAAUGUGUCCCCAUUAUGUGGGUUAGGUUUUUUAGUAUCAACUUUCAACAACUAUGAAAAAAAGAAAGGCACUUAUAUUAUUAGGAUUAUCUUUA